CCUAACCAAAACAUGUAUAAUGUAUGUUUAAUGGUCAAAUGAACAAUUUUUGUUGGGCAUUUGGGUUUUGGUUACCCUAUUGCAUUUUUUAAUCUAUUUGUAAUCAUUAUAAUAACUUGUUGUAUAAACAGACACGAUGUAUUUAUUCUAGUAGAUGCAAACAGUUAAUUGUAAAAAACUUUGUAGUUUAGUAGUUUUAUCCUUCUUUAAAAGGUUUCACAGAUUUGAAAGCAUCAAAAUGCAAGUGUUUACUCAGAAGCGCAAUCCCCUCACUGGUGGUACAGAAUGGGAUGUUCAACACGAUGAUUAUGAUUAUCACCAAGAAAUAGCGAGGUCGGCUUUUGCAGAUAUGCUUCACGACACUGAAAGAAAUAAAAAGUAUUAUAGAGCAUUACAACUCGCUAUAGAGAAGAUGCACAAUGAUGGAAAAAAAGCGAAUGUGUUAGAUAUAGGAACUGGUACUGGGCUCCUCUCUAUAAUGGCAGCAAAAUGUGGUGCAGAUACUAUCACAGCCUGUGAAGCAUUUAAACCAAUGGCAGAGUGUUGCCUUAAGAUAUUAGAAAGGAAUGGAGUUUCACAUAAAAUUAAAAUAAUCCCUAAAAGAUCUACUGAGCUAACAGUAGGUGAAGACGGCGAUAUGAAUCAAAAGGCAAAUAUAUUGGUCACAGAAGUUUUUGAUACUGAAUUAAUUGGUGAAGGAGCUCUAUCUACAUUUGAUCAUGCACUUAAAAAUCUAUUGGAGGAGGAUUGUAUUGUGGUACCUGACUCUGCUGUGAUUUAUGCUCAAGUGGUUGAGUGCCCAACACUUCAGAAGUGGAAUAAACUGAAUGAUUUGGCAGAUGAUGAUUUAGAGAUUAUGCUGAGAGCUCCAAGUAAGAUGAAAGAAUGUGGCGGUUCAGCAGCUGUUCAUGAUAUUCAGCUAUCGCAGCUUCCCCGUCAGGCUUUCAAGGAGAUAUCGGAUCAGAUUCCAGUAUUUUAUUAUGAUUGGUCUGGUCGGUCAUCAAUUGAUAAGAAGCGAACUGUGAAACAAGAGUUCAAUUCAAUGAUAACUGGGAAUGCUCAAAUGGUGUUUAUGUGGUGGGAACUUAAUAUGGACACGGAGGGCAAAAUAGUUCUUAGUUGUGCACCUUGGUGGGGUCACCCAGAUGCAGACCUAUCGUCAGAGAGGCCCCAGGACUCCAUACCCUGGAGAGACCACUGGAUGCAAGCGGUGUACUAUCUUCCACAAACCAUGGCAGUUACAAAAGAUCAAGUAGUCACCCUGGUCUCAUGUCAGGAUGAGUACUCACUGUGGUUUUAUUUACAAAACAAUCAAACCCAACCAAAAAACUAUAAAAGGCCAAUAUGUGAAUGUGGUGUGCAUUUGGCUCUAUCGAGAACACACGUUUCAUACAUAAAUGAUGGAAGACGAAGUAAAAAACUUCUUGGACAGAUUAAAAAGGAACUGUCAAAAGAUUCCAUAGUAUUAGACCUUAAUGGUAGUAGCCUCCUCGGUGUUGCCGCUGCGAAAAUUUCAAAAUUCGUCUACAUUUUGGAACCUAUGCAACUACAUAUUGGUAUACUAAAUAAUUACAUACAAGAGAACGCCAUAGACAACGUGAGAAUAAUACCAGAGAUUACAAAGGAUGUUGUCAGUGAAGUGACAAAUGUUAUCUGUGACCCGAAUUUCAGUUCGGCGAUAUUGCCGUGGGAAAAUUUAAAAGUUGCAUAUUUAUUGCAUAAAUAUAAGUUGGAGUCUGUGUGUUUGCCUGACGGUUGUGAAUUUUGGGCGAUGCCGGUGGAAUUUAAUGAUUUACAUAAAAUUAGGGUUCCGUUAAACGUGUGCGAGGGCAUUGACAUGACCAUAUUUGACGCACUUGUUGAGAAUUCUCGAUUAAUAAGCGAUGCCGAGAUCGAAGAACAACCACUGUGGGAGUACCCUUGCAAGUGCCGAGGGAGUCCACGGAAGCUGGCAGAGAUCAACUUCAAAGACCUCAAGCCUACGAUGGCUGGAGAUGGCGUCUUUGAUAUUGUAGAUGCAUCUGAUGGAAGCCAUAAUAUAAACGGUUUUGCGAUUUGGGCUCUGUGGAUAGUUGGUGGUAAACAAAUGAGCGCUGGCCCAACUGAUUUGCCAGUGCUGGGCCAGCUCGUGGAAUGGGAUAUGCAUACGAGGCAGGCGGUUAAGAUAUUGAAACACUCACAAGUACUGAACAGUACGGACAAGUGGAGUUACCAAGUUGUCUGCGAUUUGGAUAAGGGACAGUUUAACCUGUCAAUAGAUCUUGUUAAUAAAAAUUAAUUAACAAAUUCCCGAUUUAUGAUUGUUAUAAAAAUGAUUACAUCAAUUUUCGUUGCAUAUAUAAUCUGUGGAUGUACUGGUUUAGUAAAGUUUUGCUAUCUUACAUUCAAUAGAAACUCUUUACUGUCAAAAAAAUGUCUAGGAGAAUCUAGAAAAAAAAUUACAAAGAUUUUAAUUAUCUUUACUUUAAUGGCAAUGACAUGAAUAAAUAUUGUUAUUAUUGUU